CACCACAAACUUUUGUCAAUUGUCAAUCAAUACCCCCCAUUUUUCUCUCUUUUCUAUAACUAAAGAAAGGGGAAAAGAAAUAAAAAAAACAUCAAACUCUUUCUUUCGUUUCUCGAUCUCUUCUCUUCUCUUCCAUACUUCUCCAAGAUCCCAAGACCAAAUGGCUCAGAAAGUGGUGUUGAAGGUUUUAACCAUGACAGAUGAUAGGACCAAGCAGAAAGCCAUAGAAGCUGCAGCUGAUAUCUUCGGAGUUGAUUCGAUAGCAGCGGAUAUGAAGGAUCAAAAACUGACGGUGAUCGGUUCGAUGGAUGCGGUUGCUGUGGUAAAGAAGUUGAAGAAGGUUGGUAAAGUCGAUUUGAUAUCGGUUGGACCGGCCAAAGAGGAGAAGAAAGAAGAGAAGAAGGAAGAGAAGAAAGAGGAAAAGAAAGAGGAGAAGAAGGAAGAGAAGAAGGAAGAAGAACCUAAGAAGUAAAGAGUGUAAAGUAAUGACCCGAUCCUAUCUAUAUUAUUGUAAAACCCCUAAAUUUUUGUCAUCUUGAUUCCAUAAUUCUGAAUCAUUAAAUAAUUUUAUGGUGUGAAAUUAAUUGUUUAAUAGUUUGUAAUAAAACUAAAAGUAUAUUGGACA